UUUGUCUUGAAGGCUGGUGGAGCUGCUGGCGUCUGUGUCGACUUGAUCCUUUUUCCCCUGGAUACUGUGAAAACCAGACUGCAGAGUCCCCAAGGAUUUAGGAAGGCUGGUGGCUUUCGUGGCAUCUAUGCUGGUGUUCCUUCCACUGCUAUAGGAUCCUUUCCAAAUGCUGCUGCAUUUUUCAUCACCUAUGAGAAUGUGAAAUCUGUGCUGCACCAUGGCUCUACAUCUUACUUGACUCCAGCAAUGCACAUGGUGGCUGCCUCCCUUGGGGAAGUGGUUGCUUGCCUCAUACGCGUCCCAUCUGAGGUUGUCAAGCAAAGGGCCCAGGUUUCCCCUUCCUCGAGUACCCUCCGGAUUCUCUCCCACACCUUGUAUCAUGAGGGUAUUCAAGGACUUUAUCGGGGUUAUAAAAGCACAGUAUUAAGAGAGAUUCCUUUCUCUCUGGUGCAAUUUCCCCUCUGGGAGUCCUUAAAGGAUCUCUGGUCAUGGAAGCAGGGUCACGUGGUGGAUUCUUGGCAGUCAGCAGUCUGUGGAGCUUUUGCAGGUGGAUUUGCAGCUGCAGUCACCACGCCGCUUGAUGUAGCGAAGACGAGAAUUAUGUUGGCAAAGGCUGGUUCCAGCAACGCUAGUGGGAAUGUUCUGGCUGCCCUCGGUGGCAUCUGGAGGACACAAGGCCUGUCGGGGUAA